AUGGAGUACAGAAGAAUUAAGGAUCAGGAUAAAGAUGAGGAUAUAGUUCAUGAUGAUGUUGAGAGCCUACAUGGCAAACAUAAUUCAGGCUACACACAUGAUAUGGUUGCUUUAGGAGGAAACUCCGUUGAUCAUACUAAGUGGAAGCGCAAAUCCGUUGUAACACUUGCACUGACACUCCUUACAAGUUCGCAAGCAAUUCUUAUUGUCUGGUCAAAGAGGGCAGGCAAGUAUGAAUACAGUGUUACAACUGCAAAUUUUUUGGUAGAGGCUUUAAAGUGUACAUUGUCACUUGCUGCCCUGACAAGAAUCUGGAGGAAUGAAGGUGUUACUGAGGAUAACAGGUUGAACACAUCAUGGGAUGAAGUUGGUGUAUAUCCAAUUCCUGCUGCUCUUUACCUCAUCAAGAAUUUACUUCAAUAUUACAUCUUUGCAUAUGUAGACGCUCCAGGUUACCAAAUACUGAAGAAUUUCAACAUUAUCAGCACGGGUGUAUUAUACCGUAUCAUUCUCAAAAGAAAGUUGAGUGAAAUUCAAUGGGCUGCUUUCAUUUUAUUAUGUGCAGGAUGCACCACAGCACAACUUAAUUCUAAUUCGGAUCAAGUUUUGCAAACACCUUUCCAAGGUUGGGUGAUGGCAAUUAUCAUGGCUCUUCUCAGUGGUUUUGCCGGAGUGUACACUGAGGCUAUUAUUAAGAAAAGACCUUCAAGGAACAUUAAUGUUCAGAACUUCUGGUUGUAUGUAUGUGGGAUGGCUUUUAAUGCUAUUGCAAUUGUCGUUCAAGAUUUUGAUGCUGUUAUGAACAAGGGAUUCUUUCAUGGAUAUUCGUUGAUCACAGUUCUCAUGAUCUUGAACCAUGCUCUGAGGUAA